AUGCCAAUUCUGUCACUCUCUCAGAAUCCAACCAACUUCAGCGAGACUUGUGAAGACGGAAGUGGAGAAACCGGUUCAGGCUUCGGUAUAGGGUUCGGUUUGGUUCUUGAUUUCGGAUUAUACCGGAAUAGCUGCCCGGAAGCAGAGUCCAUCGUCUACUCGUUGGUCGAGAGCGCGGUUUUACAGGAUCCAAGAAUGGCGGCUUCUCUCCUCCGUCUUCAUUUCCACGACUGUUUUGGAUGUGAUGCUUCGGUGUUGUUGGAUGACACAGAAGGAUUGGUUGGUGAGAAAACGGCGCCACCGAAUCUUAAUUCACUGCGAGGGUUCGAGGUUAUCGACUCGAUAAAGUCUGAUCUUGAAUCUGUAUGUCCAGAGACUGUCUCAUGCGCAGAUAUUCUUGCCAUGGCUGCUAGAGAUUCAGUCGUUGUGUCGGGUGGACCAAGCUGGGAGGUGGAAGUAGGAAGAAAAGACGGUAGAACCGCGAGUAAACAGGCAGCAACAACUAGCUUACCAUCACCAAACUCAACCGUACCAACUCUCAUCUCAAUCUUUCAAAAUCUAGGCCUUUCGCAAACCGACAUGGUCGCUCUUUCCGGUGGGCAUACAUUGGGAAAGGCCAAGUGCACAUCGUUUACAGCUCGGUUGCAGCCACUGCAAACCGGACAACCGGCUAACAACGGAGACAACCUUGAGUUCCUUGAGUCGCUACAGCAACUGUGCUCGACCUUUGACCCUUCUGUAGGUAUCACUCAGCUUGACUUGGUGACACCGUCGACAUUUGACAACCAGUACUAUGUUAACCUCCUCUCCGGUGAGGGACUGCUUCCAUCGGACCAAGCUUUGGCGGUUCAGGACCCAGGGACGAGAGAGAUCGUCGAGACCUACGCAGUGGAUCAGUCGGUUUUCUUCCAAGAUUUCAAGAACGCUAUGGUUAAGAUGGGUGGGAUAACUGGUGGUAGUGAGGGGGAGAUUAGGAGGAAUUGUAGAACGAUUAACUAA